CGAUAUUAAGUGAUCGAUAAAUUCAGGUAGCCCUGGUCAGCGAAGCCAUCGAUGGAACUUGUCUUCGUCCAAGUAAUGGUCACACUGACAGCUGAGAAACCAAAAUAAAUGAAAUAGCUUCAAGCGAAUAUGAACGAACACCGCAAUUUUGCACCGCUAAACCGGAUUCCUGGCUCCAGCCAGGUGAAGGAGCAGCACUGCAAGGACUUGAAGAGCCUCACCCGCGUCCAGUUAUUGGAAAUGAGGGACAGGCAGGGGCACUUCAUUUCGUCCACUAAGCGUCUGCAUCAGUUGCCGGACAAGGGCAAGCGUCUACUAGACUCGUAUGCCAAGCUCCUGGAUGAAAUCAAGCGCCGGGAUGAAGUGGAGGAGGCUACCCGACUCCUCAGCGGUCUCAACAUUGCGGAGAAGGGAAAGGUGGCUCUGAAUAAUCUAGAGUGGAAUGGUAGAACUAUGGAUGAGGGCGCCCAUGUGGACGACAUAUUGGACAGUGACGACGAGGUAGAGAUGGAUCCCUUGCGCAUCAUCGCCCAAGGCACCAUGCAUGAAAAACGAGUAAAAGUACUGCCACCGCCUGAAAGUCUAAUUACAGCUGCUGAUCUGGCAGACAUUGAAGAGUUCAAGAAACCUUCCCAUUCCCCGGAUUCUGCCCUUGCUGGUCACAGUGACACUAGUUCACAGCCCGCUGAGAUCAUAGAUCAAGGGUUGUCCAAGGAGCAGCAUGUCGACCAGCACGCCCUCUAUCUCAUUGACAAAACAGAGGGAAACGUACAUCCGCCGGCAAGAGAGAAGUUUAGACCCUUUCGCACCACGACAUCUAAUGUCCACGAUCCCGAUAAGGAGCGUGUGCGCAAGAAGGGCAAGCACUGGGAGGUGACGGCGGCCACUCCCCCGCUAAUUCAGCACAAGGAAGUGCAGCUGGUGCCCCUGGCGGAAUCGGCGGCACUUCAGUUACACUUUAUGCAAAAGAUCAAGGAGCUCCGCAUUCAGCAGGCUGAACAGAGGCUCGCGAAACUAAAGGAAUCAAGAAACUAUCCUGAUGAAGCAGUAAUUAAAUCAAAGGAAUCCUUUCGCCACUAUCGCAACCCCCAGCCACAUUUUCUCAUCGAGGGCAGGCCAGGGGCCAGCGAGUCCAACGAAGUGCAGGAUCCGACGAUCCAGGAUAAGGCAACAGGCACUAGCGGCAUUCACUACACAGUUUUCGAGUAAGCUCCUCCUGGGUUUUUUCCAACAAACAAACAUUGUGAACUAUUUAUUUGGCGUAGGCAACAAUUACUAAAUAAGAUUAUUACUACUGGCAUAACUCA